AUGGGUUUAUUUUUGGUGAGUCACUAAGAGUAAUUGUUAAAAGUAGAUUAGUGCACUUGUAGAUAAAUUCUGAGUUUGUAUGAUUGUAAUCAAUUAAAUAAAUGUAACUGGAAUAAUGAAGAUGGUUUUUGUGAAGAUCGUAAAUAUGCAGAUAUAGAUUCAUAUUGUUCAAUAAAUUCUACUAAUUGUCCAACAAAUGGUUGUGCUUUAUAUUCAGGUAUUUGUAAGCCUUUCAGUGGUUGCAGUGUAUAUAAUGCUAAGACACAUGAUGAAUGUCAAAAGAUUUCUCGUUUAUGCACAACAAAUGGAGAACAUUGUAUUAAUGUUGAAUUGUUGUGUGAUAAUUUUAAUGAUAAUUAAUUGGCUUGUUAAAUAGAUUUGAAUGGAUAUCCAUGUUAUUGGAAUAAUGAAAACAAAAAAUGUUAUUAGAUUUAGGCUUGUAAAGAAAUCCCUGUAUCAUAUAAAACUCAUUAAACUUGUUUUGAAAAAGGAUAAUAGAGUCUAUUAAAAUGUACAGCCAAAUAAGGAGGUGGAUGUAUGGAUAUAACAUAGGAUUGUAGUGGUUUAUAAAAGGAAGGGUGUGAAAUCAAUUUAGAAGGUAAAACUUGUUUUUGGGAUGGAACUUCUUGUAAAGAAUACAUAUGUGAAAAUGCACCUACUUCAAUUAGUACACAUUUUGAAUGUUAAAGUUUUUUAAGUACAUGUACUUUAAAUGCUGAACGAAAAGGUUGUAUGGAAAUUGCAUAAGAAUGUGAAAUUUAUAUAAGUGAACCAUAAUGUAUUUAAACAAAAGAAACAAUAUGUUUUUGGUAUUCUGUUACUUGUAAAGAUGGUGAUAGUAAUUGUUAAUAAAAAUAAGAAUGUAAAUCUUGGAAAUGUGAAAAUGCUGAACCAAAAUAUAAUAGUGAUACUUUAUGUAGAUAAUUUAAAAGUGAGUGUACAGUUAAUAACACUAAUAAUGGUUGUAUUUAGAGAUUAUAAUAAUGUUCAGAAUAUUAAACAUAAUAAUAAUGUGUUAGUGUAUUGAAUGAUAAAUAAACAUGUUAUUGGAAUGGAAAUAAAUGUGUUGAUAAAAUCUGUGAUAAUGCUGUUCUUUUAAAAUAUAAUGAAACUUCUUGUAGUAGAUAUAUGUCUUAAUGUACUGUUGGUAAUAAUAAAUGUAUUUUAAAAACUUGUAAUACAUUUUUAAGUGAAAAUCUAUGUAGUCAUGACUAUUAGAACAAUAAAUGUAGUUGGAGUGGUUACUGUACUUAAAAAACAUGUGAUAAUGCAAGUGAUGAAUUGAUUACUCAUGCAGAAUGUUAAUAAUGGUUAGAUACAUGUACUAUUAAAUCUGAUCAUAAAGGAUGUCAAAAUAUAUCACAUACUUGUGAUUCUUAUAAAAUCUAAGAUUAAUGUUAUUUAGCAGGUAAUCCUAAAUUUUAAUGUUUAUGGUUAAAUGAAUAAUGUGUUUAAAAGAGUUGUUCUACUGCUAGUCUUGAUAUAAAUAAUGAUGAUGAAUGUUUAAGUUAUUUAAGUACAUGUAUGAUAAGUGAUAAAAAAAGAGGUUGUGUAAAUCGUAAAGCAACAUGUUUAGAAUUAUUACAACAUCAAUGUUCUAUAACUAGUGAUGGAUAAUAAUGUUUUUGGAAUGGAACAUAAUGUAUAAAUAGAAAAUGUAAUUAAGGAGUUUUCAAUUCAUACUAAUCUUGUAAAUUAUUUUUACCAAUUUGUACAGUUAAUUCUGAUGGAAUUGAAUAUAAAGGAUGUAUAAAUCAAUCAGAGAAAUGUAGUUAAUAUACUAAUGAAUUAAUGUGUAUUGAGAGUUUAAAUUAAGGCAAAUGUAUUUGGAAUAAAAAAGCUUUACAAGAAACUUGUGAAGUUAGAUCAUGUUAGAACUCUGAUCAAACUACAAGUGAUGAAGCAUGCAGUAAUUUUUUGAGUUAUUGCACAGUCAAUUCUGAUAAAACUGAAUGUAUUUAAAGAUAUGAAAAAUGUAAUGAAUAUUUAUUUGCAGUAAAUUGUAUAAAAACUAAAUCAAAUAAGGAAUGUAUCUGGUUUAAUAAUUCAUGUACAGAUCGUACUUGUGAUAAAGCUGAUAAAACUUUUACUACACAUGAAUAAUGUCAAUAGUUUAGUAAAAAUUGUACAACAAAUGGUAAGGGAUGUAUCUAAAUUGAUUAAUGUACUACAUAUACAACUAGAUCAGGAUGUGUUAUUGAUUCAAAUAAUUAACUAUGUACAUUCUAACCUAGAUGUAAUCUACAACAAUGUAGUGAUGCUCCUUAAUAAUAUUCAACAGAUACAUAAUGUAGAACAUUUAAAAAAGAAUGUACAACAAAUGGGAAUGGUUGUGUUUUGAGAACUUAAUGUAUAGAUGCUUAUAUUGAAUAGGCAUGUGUUACUGAUUCAAAUGGUAAUAAAUGUUAAUGGAUUAAUAAUCAAUGCUUAGAUUAUAAUUGCUCAAGUGCUCCAAUUAAUUAUGUCACUGAGCUUGAAUGUCAUAUGUAUAAACCUGGUUGUACAACAAAAUAAACUGGAGGUUGUAUUAUAAAAGGUCUUUGUAAAGAUGCUAAAGUUUAAGAAUCUUGCACAACAAAUAAGUAUGGAAAAUAAUGCAUAUUCUCAAAAGAUGGAUGCAAGGAUGCUGAUUGUUCAGAUAUUCCAUAUAAAAAUCAUUAUGAUUGUGCUUAAUACGAUCCUUCAUGUACUUCUAAUGGAUUAACUUGUAUUCCUCAAUCUAAAUGCAAUACCAAAAUUCAAAGUGGUUGUUUUUUAGGUUCCGAUGGACCAUGUUUAUGGGUGAAAAAUACAUGUUAUCAAUAUUCAUCCUGCACAUCUCUCUAAUUCUAAACUCAUGAAUAAUGUUAUGAAUUCAGUCAUGAAUGUACUACUGAUGGAAAUACUUGCAUUCCAAUAGAUAAAUGUUAUAGUUUACCUGCUUAAGGUUGUUUUUAGGGAACAGAUGGAAAAUGUGUGUAUAUAUCUGAAAAAUAAACAUGCAUACUAUUUACUGGUUGUAAUAGUAUUGAAUAUAAGACUCAUGAAGAAUGUUAGAGUUUAAAUCAGAAUUGUACAACAGAUGAAACUAAAUGUAUUGAAUUAUAAGAUUGCUCAUCUUAUACUAAAAUAUCUAAUUGUUAUAUAAAUAGUAAUAAACAAAAAUGUUAUUAUGAUGAAUAAGCAAAAAAAUGUGGUGAUUUAUAAUGUUCUCAUCUAUAAUUUACAACUCAUGAUGAAUGUAAUUCUUUAUUAAAAACUUGUACAUCUGAUAAUACCAAAUGCAUUAAAAUAGAUAAUUGUGAAACUUAUGAUUAGAAUUAUUGCAAUUUUGCACUUGGUUUGGAUGGUAAAUGCAAAUAUUAUUCAAAUGAUACUAAAUGUCGACCUGUUAAAUGUAAUGAAUAGAUGGAGGAUUGUUCUUAAAUUAGUAAUUGUGUUGAUAGUGGAUUAGGAUGUGUUGAUUAUUCAACAUGUGAUAAAUAUGAAACUGAGAAAGCAUGUAGAUAUGGUGGUAGUGAUGGAUAUUGUGUUUGGUAUUUAGAUAAUGGAAAAGGAAAAUGUAAAAUUAUGACUAAAUGUUCAGAUGCUUCAUCUGACAAAGAAGCAUGUUAAUUCAAAUCUUAGACUUGUCAAUGGACAUAAACUUCGACCCAUAGUUCUUGUUCAGAAUAUACAUGUUCAUCCAAAAAAUAAAAAACUGAAAAAUGUUAAGCAAUACUAGAUUUUUCUGGAUAACAUUAUGAAUUAUGUGCAUUAUCAAAUGGAUAUUGUUUUUCAGAAAAACUUGAAUAAUUAGGACCAUCAAAUUGCUUUUCAGCUACUGCUUAUACAUAUACUUGGGACUCUGUCAAAUCUGUUUGUUUGUAAUGUGGAACAUAAUACUAAAAUGACACUGAAGAGGAAAAUAAUUUGACAAACUCAAAUGAUUAAGAAACGAAUGAUAAAGAUCAAGUUCUUUUUCCAAUGCUGAGUCUGAUUAUUAGUAUAUAUAUUUGA